CCAUCGCAAUUAAUAAAAACGAUGCCAAUUUCUAGCCAAUUGUCCAAACCGCCGAUAUUAUUCGGACUCCCUUUACGUCGGUGGACCAGACAUUUUUUUCCUCCUAAAAUAUCGGCUGGCAUCGUAAUGUCCAUCUUCGAAUCUCACUACAUGUCUCUGUUCUUAAACCCUCUCUCUCUCUCUCUCUCUCUCUCUUCCUUUUCUCCAUUUACUCCUAAAACCCGCAACUCCUUAGAUUCUCUCUCUCACCAUAUUGAUAGAUCUCAUCUGAACCCUAGGGUUUCCUCAGUUUCUCUCUCACCUCCCCGAUUUAUAGAGGACGAUGAAGAUUCAGUGCAACGUUUGUGAGGUUGCAGAAGCGAACGUGUGUUGCGCAGAUGAGGCGGCUCUGUGUUGGUCUUGCGAUGAGAAGGUUCACGCUGCCAACAAGCUGGCUAGCAAGCACCAGAGGGUUUCUCUCUCUGCAUCUUCCUCUCCCAUGCAAUGCGACAUCUGUCAGGAGACAGUUGGCUAUUUCUUUUGUCUCGAGGAUAGAGCUUUACUGUGUCGGAAAUGUGACGUUGCCAUACACACAGCAAAUACCUUUGUGUCUGGUCAUCGGAGAUUUCUACUUACAGGAGUGAAAGUAGGGCUCGAACCCACUGAACCUGGUGUGUCUGCUUCCUCAGGGAAGGCACAGUCUAGUGAGAAAAUCUCAGAAACAGAAUCUCGUUCUGUGUCUAGAAAGGGUACCCCAAUGCUGUUGACUGGUCAGUAUAACAAAGUAUCACCUGUCCAAGUUGCUGGGGUUGUGGAUUUUCAACCAAGUAAGUUGCCAUUGGCUGGAGGAUCCACAGCUGGAAGUAUUCCACAGUGGCAGUUUGAUGAAUAUCUUGGACUAGCUGACUUCAAUCAGAACUAUGGCUACAUGGAUAACAGCUCUUCCAAG